AUCUCUGAAACACACACAAAAUAACACACAGAGAGACAGACAGAGAGACAUUUGGUUAUCAGAUAAAACCAAAAAAUGGGGAAGAGAAGAGGAGUCUCCGCCGUGAACGUGGUUUUCGGGUGGCUGAGAAAGCAAUCGAACAAGGUUAAGAUACCUUUAGGGAUCAUCCUCGCUCUGCUCCUCGUCGUGUUUCUUAAAUGCACGGUUAAGAAUUACAAUCACUUCUUUAUCGCUUCCGAGCUCAUCCAUGCAGCCGGAAUCAUAAUCCUCAUCUACAAACUCACCCGACAAAAGACCUGCUCCGGUCUUUCUUUAAAGUCUCAAGAAGUGACAGCAGUGUUUCUCGCUGUGAGACUGAUCUGCAGCAUAAGCAUGGAAGGUGAUAUCCAUACAGUUCUCGAUUUCGCCACUUUGGUUUCGACUCUAUGGGUCAUUUAUAUGAUCCGGUUCAAGCUGAAAGCAUCUUAUAUAAAGACUCUGGACACCUGCCACAAUUACUAUGUGCUAGUGCCAUCUGUUAUCCUUGCGUUGUUUAUCCACCCGAACACGAGUUAUAGUUACAUCCACCGUGUCAUGUGGGCGUUUUGCGUUUACUCUGAAUCUGUCUCUGUUCUGCCUCAGCUUCGAUUAAUGCAGAAUGCUCAAAUCAUAGAGCCUUUCACAGCUCAUUACGUGUUUGCACUGGGAAUCGCUAGAUUCUUAGCAUGCGCUCAUUGGCUUAUCCAGGUCUUUGAGACUCGUGGACAUUACCUAUGGCUGAUCGGCGCUGGUUACUUUUGGUUCCCGGUGGCUCUAGUUGCCGAGCUCGUUCAAACCUUCAUCCUUGCCGACUUCUGCUACUACUAUGUCAAAAGUGUUAUGGAGGGUCAGCUCGUACUGAAGAUGCCGGUUUAGAUCGGCACACAUGAAUACAUUUUGUUUUGUAUUUUCGUCAAAGUAGAAUGGUAAAACAAUCUAGACAUGUUUCUUUCUUUCUGCCUUUUCCUGCUUUCUUGUCUAAGAAUGAUUAGAGAAGUUUUAGGAGUAUCAAUAUACCCAAGAAUAGUCUUCUUUUCCUUUUAACUAUUUGUAUUGUGAUAUGAAAGCUUCAACUUGAAACUUCAGCGUGACACAACAGAGAUCAUCACUUCUCUUUCUAAGUUUCUAAUUGAAAGUCUAAGCAUAAUAGGACUGUUGAAUUAGCUAUUAGCUAGGCUCACAAUUAAAUUGCAUAAUGAGGUAACCAUAAUAUAUAUAGUAUAAAAGCUUUGAUUAUAGGUUGCCAUAGAAUUACGACAGCUCUGAACAAAAAUACAAUUAUUCUAAUUCCCCCUCAAAAAUAUAUAAAUAAACAGACAGAACAAACUAAGUUACAAAUUUCAUAGAGAGAAAA